CCGCUUCCGUGUUGUGUUUGUUACUGGAAAACAGAAACUGCGUGAGGUGACAUAAUUUUCUCUCGCCCGUGACUGAUUAGACAGCGAUGCUUUUGUAAACCGCUGCGUCAGAAGAGAUAUUAGAUUGGACUAUGUCGUUGAUUCCGGGCUCAAAGCAGAAGGACAAGCGCAUUUUAUGCGGGAUGUGCCCGGACCCGCAGUGCCAGGCGAAGCUCUUCUUUCCCGCACACACCUCCAUGAGCAUCGAGUGCACUGAAUGCGGCCAGAGACACGAGCAGAAGAACCUCGCGAAUGUGGAGGAAGUGACUGACCCAGAUGUAGUGCUUCAUAAUUUGCUGAGAAAUGCUUUGCUGGGUGUGCCAGGCCCUCCUAAAAAGGGCUCCGAGCUGGUGAAAGUGAUGGGACUGUCCAACUAUCACUGCAAGCUGCUGUCUCCCAUCCUCACCCGCUAUGGUAUGGACAAAGAGACAGGCACUGCCAAACUCUUGAAGGAAAUGAACCAGGGAGAGAUCUUUGACUGCUCGCUUCUUGGGGGCCGUGCUUUUCUCAUCGAGCAAGAGCAUGUGUCCACUGUUGGGUAUGGACGGGACCGGUCAGGGAGCUUGAUCUACCUGCAUGACACUUUGGAGGAGAUCAAGAAAGCAAACUUAAAUAGAGAGUGUCUUAUUCCCGUGCACGUGGAUGGAGACGGUCACUGCCUGGUCCAUGCUGUGUCCAGAGCGUUAGUUGGACGUGAGCUCUUCUGGCAUGCCCUUCGAGAAAACCUAAAACUCAAUUUCAAGCAGAACCUCGACUGCUAUAAAACCCUUUUUCAAGACUUUAUAGAUGCCGCAGAAUGGGAAGACAUCAUUAAUGAGUGUGACCCAUUGUUUGUCCCUCCAGAAGGCGUUCCCUUGGGGCUUAGGAACAUUCACAUAUUCGGCCUGGCGAAUGUACUGCACAGACCCAUAAUCCUGUUGGACUCCCUGAGUGGCAUGCGCAGCUCGGGCGAUUACUCCGCCACCUUCCUGCCAGGCCUGGUUCCAGAGGAGCAGUGCAGAGGAAAAGAUGGCACUCUGAACAAACCCAUCUGCAUCACCUGGAGUAGCUCUGGCAGAAAUCACUAUCUACCCCUAGUGGGCAUCAAGGGCUUGCCUUUGCCCAGUUUACCUGCUGCACUGCUCCCGAAAGCAUGGGGUGUUCCUCAAGAGCUGAUUCGCAAAUACGUGAGCUUGGACUCCAAUGGAAGCUGUGUGGUCGGCGGCGACCGGAGCCUGCAGGAUAAGUACCUGCUGCGGCUCGUAGGCGUGAUGGAGGACGUCUUCAUGGACAAGCACGGCAUCCACCCCGCUCUAGUCGCUGAUGUCCACCAGUAUAUAUACCGACGCACUGGAGUGAUCGGCGUGCAGCCGGAGGAGGUGACGGAAGCGGCUAAGAAAUCCGUUCAGGAGGGUCGUCUCCAUCGGUGCCUUGUCUGCAACGCGCUUUCGGAGCUCCACGUCCCAGCAGAGUGGCUCAUACCGGGAGGGAAGCUCUACAACUUGGCCAAGUCGACUCACGGGACGCUGCGGGUGGACAAGAACUACAGCUUUCCUUUAAAUAGUUUGGUUUGUUCCUAUAACCCAGAAAAAGAUGUGCUGGUGCCCGACUACAAACUCAGCUCACUCACGGCCUGCACCUGGUGUCACGGUACUUCAGUGCGACGCGUUCAUGGCGACGGCUCCGUCGUCUAUUUGGACGGAGACCGUACCAACACUCGCUCACAGGGUGGGAAAUGUGGCUGCGGGUUUAAACACUUCUGGGAGGGGAAGGAGUACGACAAUCUUCCUGAAGCCUUUCCCAUAACUCUGGAGUGGGGGGGCCGUGUUGUGCGAGAGACCGUUUAUUGGUUCCAGUACGAAACGGAUCCGACGCUCAACAGCAAUGUUUACGACGUGACGAUGCGACUUGUCACGAAGCACUUCCCUGGAGAGUUCGGCAGUGAGAUUCUAGUCCAAAAAGUGGUGAACACCAUCUUGCAUCACACCGCCAAGAGGAGCCAAGAUGAAUACAUUCCAGUUGCCAUCGAAGGUGCUCAUGUGCAGGAUGGGAGAGAUGGGAGCGAAUCAGCCGCUCACCCUCCUACUAAAAUCAUCCUGACGGGACAGAAGGGCAAAACCCUGCAUAAAGAAGAGCUGGUGAUGAGCAAAACCGAGAGGGUCUUGCAGCAUAGCAUCAGCGAGCAGGCGGCCUUGUCCCAGCGCCGUAGCACAGACCGCUUGCGACAGCAAGAUCCUCGCCCAUCAUCUCCUUCCUCUUCAUCAUCCUCUGCUCCUCCCACACCCACCAAAGUGCCACCUACCAGUGGAGAGAAGAAGAUACGUGUAACGACCAGCGACGGACGGCAGGCCAUGCUUACGCUGCAACCGCACACCACCUACGGUGAGCUCCAAAACUCCAUCGUCCAGGUCUUCAACUUGUCGCCCGGACAGCUGUGCAUCCGACACGGCUUCCCACCCAGAGAGCUGCCCCCGCCGCGUCCCGAGGACCAGAACCAGCCCGUGGCGCUUCAGCAUGGCGACCGCAUCUCUGUGGAAGCGCUGAAAGAGAGCUCGUCCGAUACUCACAUGACCCAGACGCACUCUCACACGCCUCAAACGCACGCUCACUCUGACCCACGACUCAGCAGCACCAGUAGCAGGGAACUUCAGGACAACAUUGACCUUGAGAUGUCAUCACUGUGUCUCCUGGCAGCACUUAUGGGUGAAGAUGUCUGGUCAUAUGCCAAGAAACUGCCUCACCUGUUCCAACAAGGAGGAGUCUUCUACAAUAUUGUGAAGAAAGACAUGGGUCUGUUGGACGGGAAGCACUGCACACUGCCCCAUUUGUCGGGCAAGACGUUUGUGUUCAAUGCUGCGGAGGGGCGUUUGGAGCUGUGUGUGGACACAGCCGGUCAUUUUCCAUUGGGCCCUGAUGUGGAGGAGCUCGUCCAGGAGGCCCUUUCCCAACUCCGCUCAGAUGCAGCCUCCCAUAGCCACGAGGGAAGCCCCGCCCACGGCCUGCGAUUGGGCGCCGGCGGUGCAGUACGCAAGAAAGAGCAGACCGUCAUGGCCUUCCAGGGCAAAGGUCACUCAUUGGGUUCCGCCCCUCCAGAACACCAACCAAUCAGGCGGCAGCACAGCAGCGGCGUCGAUCUCAGUAACAGCGCUCGCAGUGAAGAUAUAACAUUGUCAGGGGAGGAGUUGGUGCGCGUGGCCCCGGGCAUGCUCACUUUACGCGAGGGCCCCGGUUUGGGGCUGGAGCCCGCCGUUAUCGAGGCCCAACGGCAGCGUCUGCAGGAGAUGGUCUCAAACAUACAGGCGUCUAUGGACAAACACUUGCGCCAACACGCUGCAGCAAGGCAUGAUGUGAAGGAAGAAGAGGCUCCUGACAAACAGGAGGAUAUGGAAAGUCACGGUGCGGAGCCUCCCAGCACCUUUGAACCCAUGGACCAAUCUUGAUACUUCAUUAUCCGUAUAGCAGAGUGAGCUUCCUGGCAUUACACACAUAUACACACACUGUGAUUCAACUAACAAAUAAUGGUGCAGCCGAUUUACUGACAUAUGCGUCUUUUGAGUGUGAAACGCAUUCGUUAAAUAUUCUCGAAGUCUUAAGAUGUGAAAUUUGGAGUGAUUAUUACAGGAAUUGAGUGUCGGCUUUCAUUCACCUAAAUAUAAACAUGGUGCACACUGAUUUAAAGAGACAGUUCAACUAAAAUUGAACAUACUGUUAUUCAUUUACUCACUGUCAUGUCAUUCCAAACCAAUGGCUUUUUUCUUCUUCUGUGGAACACAAAGAAGAUAUUUUGACUGUUUCUGUCCAUAUAAUAAAAGUCAGUGGAGUCCAAAAAAACAUUGGACCCAAAUGUCGUCUUUUGUGUUUUGCAGAAGAAAAAAAAGUCAGAAUGACAUGAGGGUGAGCAAAUGUUGACAGAAGUUUCGUUUUUGGUUGAACUAGCCCUUUAAGAUCACCCUUGAGCUUUGCUAGUAUCCACAUAGUACUUAAAUAAUCAAAGUGCACUUUGACCCUCAUUGCUGGGUUCACGGCUUUCUUACCAAUUUAAUAAUUCACAAUCCAAUUUGAAACACUGACUGUCUCACUGAGUCCAAACUUCAGCCCUGCGUCUGUGUGCACUUAGUAGGUAACAGGGUCUCCUUGAUCAUAUUUUGUGUCCUCAACACAGUUCUGACCUGUGGAACAAACAGGGCUUCUCUACCCACAAUUCAUUGCUGUCUAUCCAAAGAGCACUACGCGGUAAAAGCCUGGAAACGAGUUCCAGCAGGAUUUCACGUUUACUUCAUCGUCCCACUACACACUUAGAGCACAGAAACCUCUCUCAGCAGAUCAGCAUGGAGUAUCCAUACAUCUGAGAACGAGUUUCUGUUCUGUAAUCUCAGAUUGGCCUUGUCAGCGUUGCCUUCAGUGUGGCCCAGGCUUGUUAUUUGAUUUUGUUGUACCGUUUUGCAUGUCCUUUCUUCUAUAAACAUUGUUCAGUACAAGACAAUUCAUACACUUAGUAUCGGAAUGUAAUGUACUAGAUUCUGGCAAAAUCUUCUCUUGGAAAAUCUUAACAGAAAGUAGCCGAGUGGGUGAUAUUUUCAGGAUAUUCUGAUUCAGCGCUGUAGUAAUAUUGUUACCUGUGUGUUAGGCCAUACUAAUAUGCUGAAGUAGAGGGCAAUGUGCAUCAAGGACGGUUUAAGUGUUUUCUUUUGAGUUCAGAAAAAAAACGAUAUCCACAUUCUGUUCUAGACAGAUUUUUCUUGUCACCUUGGCAACUGAUUCAUAUAAACCAAAAAAUUUUUUUUUAAAGUUUACAAUUAAACAGAUUAAUAGAGCUGUUAAGCUUUGUGCUUCAGUAACUGGGUAUAGCAUAAAACAGAUGGAAAAUCCUAGAGAUUGUGUUGAACUCAUAUCUAUUGAAACGUUGCUGAGCUGUUCUAUUUAGCCCGGUGUUGCCAAAAACAGGUGGUCAAACCUGUUGUUAACAGCCUUAAUGAGUCUUUUACCCUCCCCUCCCCUGCUCUGAUCUGCAGUGUUUGUGCGUGACACACUUCCGUAUGACAGGAUCUGUUCUGAGAAGGAUAAACUGGAGAAUUGGAACGAGGCCUGACUUUGGUCCAAGGCCGAGCAUGAUGAUGUUGGAGGCUUGAUGAGCUUUUGAUUUUAAAAGAUUGUUUUUUUUAUUUUUAAGUCGACAACAUCUAUACCAGAGCACUUUUCUGUGUGGACGUGUUUAUUAGCUCUUGAACAUAAUUGAUAUUGUUGGUGUAAAGAGCAGCACAUAAGAAAUAUUUUACUGCUUCAUGUAACAGACUCAAGCGCAGGUUGUUUCUCUGUGACUGCUGCCCUCCUGAUAUAUUAUAUUCCAGUGUACAAUAGUGGUAUAUAUUGUAUUAUACUUUCAUCUGUACAGAUAUUGAAUCUGUUUUUUUUUCCCUUCUGGAUUGUUUCUCCUGUUUUUCAAUAAAACAGUUGGAUGAUUCUACGCAGCUGAGGAAUCUGCUGUUUGCAUGCUUGAUUACUUUUCAGCCUAACAACAAUAAAGUUAU